ACAAGCCUUUAACUGGCUGCUUAUGCUAGGUUGUGACAACUUACCCCAUGUAGUGUAACAUGCUCCGCUAUUGGGAAGGAUUUAUUUAUUUAUAUUUUGUAUAGAAAAGACUUUACUGUAGGCUACUGCACUGACAGUGGUUUUUAAACCUACUCUGAGAAAUAUUUACUAUAGAGUAAAAAUAAUGACCCGGUCUCUCCUACAUGCAAAACUGCUUUCCUGCUGUGUAGAAAAGUAAGUUUUGUUGAAAAGUAGGAUACCUAUAUUCCCUUAAUUUAUCAACUGAUGUAGUAUCAACAACGCACGGACACAUUGUGUCUUUAAAACACACUGUAUUCAUCUCUGCAGGGUAGGCCUACUUUAGAAAUAGUGUGUUUGUGUUUUCAUUGUGUGUGUGGGAGGGCUAUUUUACUGUGACUCUUAUCUGAUUUUUAAGACACUGAAGAUGCUCCAAACGAAUUUGCAUACAAAUGUUUGAUGUAGGCUACACUAAACUGAUGACAGCUUCUGUUAUAGCGUCUGUAGCCUACUGUCUAAUAUAGCAACUUGAAGAGCGUCAGUAAUUUAAUCCUCUUAUUAUUAUGAAACAUCCAUGUUUUCAAUGACUAGCAGUGUCUUAAAACUUUAGUAGGCAUAAUUUAUGUGACAGGGCACUUUCGCCCCCCUGCUGAUAGCCUACUGUUACCCUAACACACACCCACCUCCAUACAGACUAAACAAAGGAGUAGACCCACACCCUAUACAGAAAACUUCGUCAUUGUUUAAAAAGUUGAUAAAAGGACUAAAAUUACAUUAUUAGUGUUCUAAAACUAACAUUAACCUGUUAAUAAUUACAUUGCACAUAACCUAUUUACAUUUAUUCUCUCCAAGGUUACAUUAUAGGCCUACAUUAGUUUUAGAACAGGUUAUACUUGUACCUGCACUGCGCCGUUACAUUUCUGCGCAUGCGCAACCUCACCUGGCGGUUUCCUUGUUGUAAGGAAAACGAUAGGCUAGUUGAAUUGUUGAUAACUGUAGGUUGCGAGAGGAUCGCUUAAAAGCAUCCCCAGGAACUUAGACGAACAUAAACCAGUCGCUAGGCCUAGUUUUUCGAAAAUGCCCCGAGCAUUCUUGGUCAAAAAAGUGAACAUCUCUACUGGAAAAAGAAGCUGGAGUGAGAUUCCGGAUUCUGCGCGUGGGGACGUAUACAUACCUGAGUCCCUUUUUCCACCAUAUGUGCAUGAAGUCUCCGAGGGAAGCAUUGUGGAAUACUCCUGCUUCACAACUGCACAAAAAAACAACACAUUUCUAAAUGUCCUGUCUGCAAAGCUACCAUCCUCUGCUGCUCAGGGUCAACCUAAUCACAAGCCAGAAUGCCGCAUGAGGACCCAAAGAGUGCCUUACUUGCGCUCAAAGAUAAAGAUAACUACAGGUAAUAUGCCAUCUCUUCUGUCAGUCAUCCCAGAACAUACAGGCAAAUUAGCAGAUAUUUUACCUGCUGCAUCAGUAUUAUCCUGCCAGGUAUGUCAGAAGACAUUCACUACAGCACGUAUGCUGAAACGCCAUGAGAAGUGCCACAGUGAAACAAAGAAGUACACUUGUGAGCACUGUGAUAAAGGAUUUAAUGAUACUUUUGACCUGAAGAGGCAUGUACGAACUCAUACUGGUGUGAGACCCUAUAAGUGCACUUUGUGUGCUAAAGCCUUCACCCAGCGCUGCUCCUUAGAAUCUCAUCUAAAGAAGAUCCACGCCAUUACUCAACAGUAUGCCUACAAAGAGCGUAGAGACAAACUGUAUGUGUGUGAGGAGUGUGGCUUGACUGCACAGACACGGGACAGUCUGCAGAAUCAUCUUCAAGCUGAACAUCCACAGAGACUAAUAACGAGAAAAAGCAACUAUAUACUGGCAAAUAGUGAGGAAGAUAACGCAUCACCUGAAACCCCCCAAAUAUAGUGCUGAGUAAAAAUAGAAAAAUUAGAAGAACUAUUGAUAUAUGAUAUUAAUCAUUUUGUUACACGCUACAUGCACUUUUGUACAGUCAGUAAUUUUUUAGGCAGAACCAAAUGUCUUGGAAAUAGGAAAAUAAUUCUGAUGAAUUGAAUUGAAUCACAAAUGACACUGAAGCAAUAAAUUGUUAAAGGCAUAUUUCACCAAAAAAUAAAAUUCUGGUGUGUUGUAAAAGAUGACCCUAU